UGAAAAAUCCAGCCGUUGGCCCGUUGCAGAUGGAAAUCGAGAUAUCAGCUAUGGUGUGCUGAAGAAUCAUAACGAGUGAGUUGAAAAAUCAACCCCAGAUUCUUCAUUAUUUUCCAAACAGCCCCUGUAGACCUUUUCCUCUCUGUUUCUCGUUCAUUUCUUCUCUCCUUCACACUAUCUCUCUCUCUUACCUGGUAAGCCCCUCUUUCUCUCUGUAUAUCUCUAUCUCUAUCUCUAUAUCCCUCCCUGUGUAUAAGGCCAUGUUUGGCGAGAAGGAUCGCGCUAAUGGUCUUCAUGCCUGUGAGGAUGAGGCCUCCCAGAGCAAGCUCACACGCCAUAUCUCUAAGCAAAACAAAGACAACCCAGAAGAGAAAAUGGGUUUUACUGAAAAGGGUAUAGGUUUUCUCAGAGAAUCAGACAUGGGUUCUGAUGGGUUUCAAUCGAAAUCCUCAAAAAUAGGAAACUUGGGUUCCCAGGAGCUGACUCUCAGCUAUCUCUGCGAUAGUUCCAAACUGGGUUUUCUAGAGAAAGAGUUUGCCGGGGCAAAUUUGCUGACUUCCUUGGAGAAAGAGAGCUUUAAAGGUAAAGAAAUCCUUGUUUCUGCCAAUUCAAGCCAAGAUCACAAAUGGGUAGAGAGAGAUUUCCUUAAUUUGAACGAGACUCGGCUGAAUUGGUCAAAGCGAGAGCUUGUGGAGGAGACUGAAAGAGAGCGCAGGGACAAGAAGCCAAAGCUCGAGACUUUGAAUCUCUCUCUAGCCUUACCUGAGGUCUCGCUCUCUCUCACUGCUUCAAACGCCUUACAAAAUGGUGACCCUCCAGCUAUGCCAAGACCUAGCAGAAGUGUACAAUCUUUGGCACCAUCUACUAACAAUACACAAACCACUUGUUCCAACGAUUUCACAGCAGCUUCAUUAUCUUACUCUUAUUCCCACCCCUUUUCCCACAACCCCAGUUGCUCGCUUACGCGAAAUUCGACCGAGAAUUACGAGUAUUCGGUUGGGAAAGAUGAUCAAAUUUGGAACUGUGGAGAAGGGACUAAUGGGUCAGUUCAUAGUCGGUUUAAGCCAAUUGGAGAUGGAGUCGCUUUGUCAAAUCAUGGUGGUGGGAUUUACUCGUUGAUGCAGAGUAAUCGUAAGGAUUCGUGUAAUAACAGUCUUUAUAGGACAACUAGCUCUGACAACCUUUCGUUUUUCCCAUCAGAGUUGCCUGCUAAGCCUAAAAUUGAUACCCAGUCUGGGGAUUCUAGAGGGAGAGGUUCAGAAAGUUUGAGAGGCUUGGAGGAUGUAGAUGGUGGUGGGAGAGCCAGGAAACUUUCUAGACCGGAGAGAAUUCUCCGCGAACUUAUUUCGGAGUCUAUACCUGUCAUGGCUCAGAUAAUUCAGGAGCUUCCUGAUGAAACACUCUUAUCAACCAAGGAAUACUUGAAGAAUCUGAUAUCCAUGCCUGAGAAGAAAGAGGAGUUAGUGAGCCUUCAAAACCGGCUCCAUAGAAGGUCUGAUCUUACAAAGGAGAAUCUUGCUAAGUGCCAGAAAGACCAAUUGGAGAUUUUGGUUGCGGUGAAAAUGGGUCUUGGGAAUUUUGUAUCAGGCAAAAACCGCCUUCCCACAACCGAGUUGGUGGAGAUUUUCUCGUUUAUGAGAUGUAAGAAUGUGAACUGCAAGAGUUUAUUGCCUGUUGAGGAUUGUGACUGCAAGGUUUGCUCUGCAAAUAAGGGUUUUUGCAGUUCCUGUAUGUGUCCUGUUUGUUUGAAUUUUGACUGUGCUAGUAAUACUUGUAGUUGGGUUGGCUGUGAUGUUUGUGGGCAUUGGUGCCAUGCUGCUUGUGGUAUUCAGAGGAAUCUCAUUAAGCCAGGUCCUAGCUUGAAGGGGCCCUCUGGGACGAGUGAGAUGCAAUUUCAUUGCAUUGGAUGUGGUCACGCUUCAGAAAUGUUUGGCUUCGUUAAGGAUGUGUUUCUGUGCUGUGCAAAGGACUGGGGACUAGAGACCCUUAUCAAGGAGCUUGACUGUGUUAGGAAGAUUUUUAGGAGAAGCGAUGAUUUUAAAGGCCGCGAACUGCAUAUUAAGGCUGAGGAGAUUAUCUCCAAGCUUGGAAGCCAAAUGAUGUCUCCCUCAGAUGCCUGCAAUUUCAUUAUUCAGUUCUUUAACUAUACAGAUGGAGUGUCAGAAUAUCCUGCUUCUCGCAUAUCCACGAAAGAGUUGGCAGUCACUCAAGCUAGCCUGAGAAAAGAUGCAACUCCUUUUUCACAAUCCGCUUCUUUACCUCCGAAAUAUGCUGCUUAUAACACAAGUUCUAGUAUACAAUGUGAUUUAUUGUCAAAUGAUACCCGUCAGAAUGACCUCAAAUCAUCCCUCAUAAGCAACGAGGAUGAGUUCCAGUUCGGAACAUUACCAAAAAUAGAUGGGUUUGAGAGCUUGGAAAGCAUAGUGAGGAUAAAGGAAGCAGAAGCAAGAAUGUUCCAGGGCAAGGCAGAUGAAGCGCGGAGAGAGGCAGAAGGGUACCGUCAGAUGAUUCAAACAAAGACGGAUAAGUUGGAGGAAGAGUAUGCUAAAAAGUUUUCCAAACUGUGUCUGCAAGAGACAGAGGAAAGGCGAAGGAAGAAAUUGGAGGAGCUGAAAAUUUUGGAAAGUUCACAUUGUGACUAUUACAACAUGAAGACUAGGAUGCAAGCCGAGAUUGCUGGCUUGUUGGAGAGAAUGGAAGCAACAAAGCAGCAACGGGUGUAGUUUCUUUUGUUCUUUGAUUUUUUUGUUUCUUUUGACAAUGGUGCUAAUUAUAUGUAGUUUAUUAAUGUUAUUUCGAUUUUUGGAUUCUGCUUUUUAUUUCUAAUCAAAGUGAAUGAUUGUCUCAGUUGCAAAUUUUUUU